UAUAUGCAUAAUAUGCACCAAAUAUUAUAUAUUCUUCUUCAUUUAGGAAGGGUUCAGAGCGAAUUAAGUUGACCUUUGAAGGGGUCGUUAGCCUGAGAAAAUCCAGUAUUGUUCUCACUAGGUCAAAGGUGAUUUUCAGUAUCUUUGAAGCACAGUAGGCCUACCAAGUCCACUGAGAGUGUUUGGACGUUAUUGCAAUCGGCGAAGAAAACUAAUUGGAAUACGUGGAGAGUUGUGAAGGGGAAAAUGGCGUCUGCAAAUAUACCUCAGUUCUAUGCCAACAAAAAGAUACUGAUCACGGGAGGAACCGGGUUCCUUGGCAAGGUUCUCCUGGAGAAACUGUUGAGAUCAUGUCCGGCAGUCGACAAAAUCUACCUGAUUGUGAGAUCAUCGAGAGGAAAGUCUCCUGCUGAGAGGUUUGAAGAAAUCAAGAAAUUGGCGCUAUUCGACAAGCUGAGGACGGCGUCACCGUCGAGCUUCGACAAAGUGGUGCUAAUGGAGGGCGACAUGUCGGAAUUGGGUCUUGGGUUGUCGCCGGCCGACUACAAGACACUGGCGCAGAACGUGUCGAUAGUGUUCCAUGUUGCCGCCAGUGUGCGCUUUGACGAGCACCUCACAGAUGCCGUCAAGAUGAACGCGCGCGGCACACGUGAGGUCUGCCAGCUCGCCAUGCAAAUGAAGAAGCUUAUGGCCCUAUUGUACGUGAGUACAACAUACUGCAACUGCGAUCGUAAAGUGAUCGACGAAAAGAUCUAUCCGGCUCACGCUGACUGGGAAAAAACUAUCGAAAUCAUUGAGAAGGUCGAUCCUGCUAUCAUGAAUAUUCUUACACCAAAAUUUAUUGGCAGUUUACCAAACACUUAUACUUUCUCCAAAUCUCUUUCUGAGCACAUUAUUUCACAUUAUGAAGGAAAGCUUCCUGUUAUAAUCUUCAGACCAUCUAUUGUAAUAAGCAGCUGGCAAGACCCAAUCGCCGGCUGGAUUGACAACUUCAACGGACCGGCUGGACUAAUGCUGGGUGCCGGCAAGGGUGUCAUCCGAACGGCCAUCAUCAAUCCGGACGCAGUGCCGGACUACAUGCCCGUAGACAUCGCUUGCAAGGCCAUCAUUGUCGCCGCGUGGAACAAGGCUGUCAAAGAUAAUUCGGACAAGCAGCUGACAAUCUACAACUGUUCGUCGCGAUCCAAGUCGAUUUCGUCGCGCGAACUGGUUCGCAUCGCUUACGACGCGUUCUGGGUGGCUCCCAUGCACGACAUCCUCUGGAUCCCCACCUCACACUACUGCCAGGACGAGACUGUGCUCUACUUCAACGUACUCUUUAAACACUUGCUGCCAGCCCUCAUUGCUGACUCCAUUUUCAAUCUAUCGGGACGUAAGCCUAUGCUAGUAAAACUACACAGGAAAAUCUACAAGGCAAUGCUGUCUCUAUCCUACUUCACACUCCGCGAAUGGACGUUUAAAAAUGAGAAUUUCCUGAACCUAUCAAAAGCAAUCCUACCCGAUGACAGGGAGAGUUUCGACUAUGAUUUCUCCGAUAUUGAUCCCAACGAAUUUUUCCUCAGAGCCAUGAUGGGAGGUAGACAGUACCUAUUGCACGAGGAUAUGGGGAAACUGGAAGAGGCCAGAACAAAGGCAUACAGGAUGUAUUAUUUCGAAAUAUUUCUGAAAUCCACUUUCGUCGUUUGGGUUGUGUGGCUAAUCCAUUAUCUUCACCUAUGGCAGAGUCUUGCAUCUCUCAUCAUCAUGUCAUGAAAUUAAUUUUCCCAUUUCGAAUGAUGUUAUUUCUCAGCUUUUCUAGAUUAAUACCUCAUGAAAGAUUAAUCAUAUCACAAAAAAUAGGUUGUAAAUUGAUAAAUAAAUGUUUUGAAGGAUGAAUA